AUGUCUACCAAGUCAAGCUACUACGAUACUUUUUGUCGGCCAGAUGAUCCCGCUAAUAUUUCUGUCUACGAGAGCAACGGGUCUACGAUGGAUGAAUUGACCACGAAAGUAUUCACGGAGUCGGAUUCGUUUAAGCAGCACAUUAAUACAGCAUCAUGCCCACAAUUACGCAUUGUCUCGAUUCACUCUGUCUCCUCGCUUAGCCCACUGAAAAUUUCAAGAGAUGCACUUGAAGUUCUACUGGAUAAAUACAAUAUCGGCCCUGGGCUAUGGGACUUGGUUUCAACGUUCGGCAACAAACCGCUGAGCGCUGCUGCGGGAGAAGGAGCAAUGAGGAUUGAAGAUGGUUCGAAUGGAAGUCAAGAAAUUUCCUACAGGUUCACAUUUCCCGUGACGGGAGGUCCCGGUCGCUGGACUAUGCGGCAGGCCGGCAUAUUCGCUCGUCAAAGUCCCAAGAGUCUCGAAAACCUUUGGAUUUUCUUGCACGUGGGCACAGAUACGCCCAUGCAGAGAGAACUAAAGAUUUUCUCUUCAAAGUCUCACAAGAACCUGUUCGUAGAUACCACUUGGUUUACACUCCAUCAAGCUGUCCUGAAAUCAUGUCUUAAUGACUGGCGUUCUUACAUAAACUAUCUCGGCAAAGAGGUGGAUCGACACUUUGAUAAGACAUUAAGCUUCAUCCAUGAAAGUAUGAAUACUACACGAUCGGAUGGCGAUGGAAAUCUUGCCGACAUCCACAAUACACGCAACCGCCUCCUUGAAAUUCCAUCACAAUUGAUGACGACCCUGGAUACUCUUCAGAAGCUUGAUAAGACAAGCCGUGUUUCUGCCUCCCAACAGAAGAAUAAGGUUAACGGCUUUGGCAGGCUUGCUACCAGUGCAGCAUACUACAAAGAUCAUCUCGAACCACUUCUGCGGGGUGUUGAAAUUAUCAAGGAGAGAGUAAAAGAUACAUUGAACAUUAUUGAAAUUGGCCUGAGCUUUAGAAUGACCAGCAAGAUGCUUGAUCUUAACAACCGAAUGGUUGAUUUGAACAAGAGCAUGCUCGACGCUAACAAACAGUUGCUCCAACUGGGAAACAGGAAUUUUGACGACAAUGCUACUGUCAGGAUAGUGACACUUGUGACGCUGAUAUACUUGCCAGCAAGUCUUGUAUCGUCGGUUCUUGGUAUGAACUUGUUUAAAUUUGAAGACGACACAGGAGAGCUCAAAAUAUCCAAGCAAUUUUGGAUUUUCGUUAUCGCAACAAUCGUCUUGGCUAUCAUCACCCUUGGUGGAUGGUUUGUAUGGACUCACCAAGAGGGAGUAUUACGGCGCAAGUUUCUCCGUCCUAAACAAGAUACACCAGAAGGUGCUGAGCAAGAUAUUGAGCUCGACCACGCUGGCGGUUAA